AUGGCUCCCACCACCUACCUCUCCAACCACGCCGUCCGCCAAGCAAUCGACCAACUCCGCCCAAACCACCCAGGCCGAAACAGCGCCAUCCUCGGAAUCUGGAACAGCAUCCUCUCAACCCAAUUUCCAACCUGGCAAGGCUACCUCGUCAGUCCCCGCGAACACGGCUGGUACAACGAACGCGACCUAUGGUACGACAUGCAAGUGCAACACCUCCGCGGCGGACCCACCAACAACCAAAACUCGAACUCGAACAUCUUCCUUGUCGUGAUCUGCCGUACCGCCGCCGAACAUCACAAUAUCAACGAGGGACUACCGCAGUGGACAACUCAUUUGGAGCUGUACCUGGAUUCGAUCUUCGGACGUCGUCGUCAGCCUGGUCGUCCUGUUCGUGUUUACGGGGUGAUUGCGCAUGGACUGGGUGCGACGUUCUUCUCGUAUGAUAUCGGGGAACAUAUGCCUAUGUUGAUCUUCCGGGAGCAUGAAAUGGAUGAGAAGCCUGCGUAUCAUUUGGUGGAGGAUCAUGAGAUGAUUCAGGAGUUCCUGGAUAAUAUUCGUGUUCGCCACUAG